CAGAAUGCCAGAAGCCUAGAUGCAUGUAAUGUUUUGCUGCCGCUGGAGGGGGCCACACACCAGAGACUAGCGAUACAGAAACUACCUCACUUGGACCUCCGUCGCAACCAACUUCAGACGGCUUUAAACCUCCAGUUUGUUUUCCAGAACUUGGUCUGAAGAUUACUGACAGCCCCGCAAGCCGAUUGCUGCUCGAUCGCUCGGCCUCGGCUCCGGCCGUCUGCUCCCCCCUCGGCGGCCAAGCGGAGCCUGAAAAUCCCAGAGCUGGGAAAUCGCUGGAUUCUCUGCUGGAGUCCCGGGAAGGGUUGGGGAGCAAGAAGCCCCUGGCCUCCCCACUGAAUCUGGCCGGCGCCGGGGCCCAUUCCCUCCUGGGGGGCUCGGCGACCCCCCAAAAUGUACAUGCUGCUUCCAGCUGCCUAUCGGAGAAGGCUGCUCCUGGCCGCGAGCCUCCGGAGACAGGGGGAGAGGGCAGUCCGUCCCUAGAGAUGAGCGAGCCUGACGCUCCCCUGCUGCUAGAGGCCCCCGAGCUUCCUUCAGGUGAAUGGAGAGAGCCUCAGCAUCUGGGGGGCGUUUCCUCGCCACUGGCUGCUGCUGCAGAGGAAGGAGAGAUGUCCCAAGAGGCCGAAGAGAGGCCAGAGGGCAGUCCAGCCGAGCCGCCAGGAGACGACCUCUCGCUUGAACGUCCCCCUGCCCCAGAGGUUCCGGACCCACACUUCCUCGAGUCAGCCGACAUGAGCGACCCGGCCUCUGGGACAGAGCCGGGGUUGCACGAAUGCCACGGCCUUCCUCUGCCCCUCGGUCUUCUCCCCCCAGCGAGCGGCUCGACCCAGCCCGGAAACAUGGCCAUUAGCUGGCCCAAGGAUCAAGAGGAAGAGGCGGGCAUCUCCCUUGCCUCGGCCCUGAAGGAGCUCCACCAGCUCCUGGUUGUGAGUUCAAAACACGACUUCCGGAGAGGGGUGGCUCGGCAGGAAGAGGGCUGCCCCUCGCUUGAGGUUCCUCCCGAAGAGCCGGCUGUGGCCGAGGAGGAUUCACCUUCCCGUGAGCGAGCGGCUCUCUCCCGCUUGGAGGCCGGGACAGAGAUGCUGGAAGAGCCCCACGUAGCUGGGGGGCAGCAAGAGGCUGCCCAAGCGGCCUCUGGCUGCGGCGACUCUGUCCCGGCGAGCCCUUUGGUGGCAUGGCCUCUGCCGCAGGCCAAGGAGUGCCUGAAGAUACCGGCCCAGCUCGUAUCCUCUGGGCCGCAUCCUGGCUCCACUGCUGUGGAGCAGAGCCCUCUUGCCUCGUUCGGUCCUCAGGAGUCCUGCACCGCCCGGGGCAGUUGCAACCCUUCCCCGGAAGAAGCGGGAGACUCCUCCGGCGAGCAUCCUGAGCCCUCGUCCUUCCCCCCUGGAGAUUCGGAGCCCAGCUCUCCUCCUCCUGCCCUCGCCGCUAACCUCGAUCAGAUUGUGGGGGCUGGCUUUACACCGCAAGAAGCCGGAGAGGCUCUGGAGCACGCGGGGGGGAAUGCCGAUCUGGCCCUGCUCAUCUUGUUAGCCAGGAACAUCGUGGUGCCCACGUAGCCAAGGCUGCCUUUCUAAAC